CGUUUUCCGGCUCUGUGGUCUCUCCUCCCGCCCUCCUGUUCAUUUCUGUGCAUUCUCUAAAGCCUAAGCCCCCCUAAAUCUUUACACAUUUUAUUUGUGUUUACUGCAGAUUUUUAGGGUUUCUUCUCUACUUUAAUUUUAAGGCACCGGAUAUGUACCCGGUUCCUCUCUGAGCACCGAAAUCGAGAGCCAAAACUUGUCGCAGAGCUUUCUCAGAGGGUACAUUAAUGGAAAGUUAGCUACUUUGCUUGUCGUUGGAUCUUACGUCGGGCGGAAAAGGCUUAGACUUGAAGAAAGAGAGUUUUAGCAAUGUCUGUGGCUACUGAACUUCAAUCAUCAACCGAACAGGAGACUGAAGGCAGACCUGUUCUGGGACCAGCUGGAAACAGAGUUAGGGUUUCAGAAUCAAAAGAUGCGAAACGGAAAAAGGAUGGUCUUAAGAAACCACAAGAAACGAGAAGGUUGCCGGAGUCUGUUAUCCAGCGUAAUGUUUCGGUCGACAGUUCAUGCUCCUCGGAUUCUUCUUGCAGCAGCUCUUCCUUGAAAACAGCGAGCAUCAUGAGAGUCAAACAGAAUGGCUUGAAGUCUGAGAAGGUUGUUACUGAAGGAGCCAAGGCCCUGACGGGCUUGAGGAUCAAAAAGAAUGGCUCAAAGCCUACGAAGGUUGUUCCGGAUGGAGUUGAGGUCCCUUCCCCGACGCCACCAGUUCUAGCAAAGCGGUGCGAUUGGAUUACACAAAAUUCUGAUCCACUUUAUAUUUCUUUCCACGAUGAAGAAUGGGGUGUCCCAGUCCAUGAUGAUAGGAAGCUGUUUGAGCUGCUUGUCUUAUCAGAAGCAUUAGCUGAACUCAGCUGGCCAACUAUUCUUAACAAGAGAGACAUAUUCAGGACGCUUUUUGACAAUUUUGAUCCUGCAACUAUUGCACAAUUUACUGAAAAGAAGGUGCUAUCACUUAAAACAAGUAGCAGCACCUUGCUAUCUGAGCCAAAGCUUCGCGCUGUUGUAGAGAACGCCAGGCAGAUAAUAAAGGUUCAGCAGGAGUUCGGUUCAUUUGCCAACUAUUGCUGGAGCUUUGUGAAUCACAAACCUUUGAGAAAUGGAUUUCGUUAUGCACGGCAAGUACCAGUUAAGACACCAAAGGCCGAGACCAUGAGCAAGGAUAUGAUGAGGAAAGGCUUCCGUUGUGUGGGACCCACUGUUAUUUAUUCAUUCAUGCAGGUAGCAGGGAUUGUAAAUGAUCACCUUGUCACCUGCUUCAGAUACCAAGAGUGCAACUCAAACAUCCAGAAGGAUUUAAAAGCCAAGACUGAGAAUAUGGAAGUAAUGGCUAAGGCUUUGGAGAAAACAUGUUUAUCUAACAACUGAAUUUCCGUGUUGCCUAUUUCCUGCAAUCAAACAAUCUGUAGUAUGGAAUUCAUCAAAAAAAAAAAACAAUCUGUAGUAUGGAAGAUGUAAAAGAUGUGAUGGGAGUGUUUUUUUUUUCUUCUUUUUCCAGUCUCAGGGGACUGGGGAGUGUAUCUUUUGAUGUUCUGUUACUGUUAGCACGUUUCUUCAUCUGUUGUGUAUAACUUGAACCACCCAAAAUAAUAGUUUUCAAGGGGAAAUUUGUAUUUAA